GGUUUUUCGUUGCGGGGCUCAACGAGGCGAGUCUGGACUGUGUGCGGACGGUUAUGUCUGUAAACACUCGCCAGAUGGAAAUAAAUGUUUUGAGAUGUUCUGUGAUCCCUCGAAUUGGAUUUAAAGCCGUCAGUUUGGUGCCGGAGGUGCCUCUUUGAUACUGCGAACAUGAAGGCCUCUGUUUCACAAAUACUGAAGGAAGUCGAAAGCGUGAAGAUGGCGUUGGCUGAGGACAGCCCGAGGAACGCCCGGGCCUUCCAGCUGCGGACGCGCCUGUGCUGGUUGCUGGAGGAGCUGCUGCUAACGGACCUGGAGUUUGCCCUGGACAAGAAGGUGGAGCAGGAGCUGUGGAACAGCGCCUUCCGCAGCCCCAUCGCUGCCUUCCAGCUCAAGGCUUCUGACAAGAAGGAACAUCAGAAUGGUGAAGUGCAGACCAUGCUGUCAACUCUAUUGGAAACUGCCAGUGGCUUCUACCUUCAACUGCUGCAGAAACUCUGCUGCGUGUAUGACGUCAGCCUCAGGUGCCACCUGAAAGACUCCAAUUUUGGCAUCCUCCAUUUAGACAGGCAUGACGACCUGAAUGCCGAAAAGCCAAAGAAAUCCUCAGUCUUGUAUAUCUGCCAGCACUGUCUCGUACAUCUGGGAGACAUUGCACGCUACCGCAGCCAGUCGUUGCAGGCCGAAAAUUUCUACCGUCACGCCGUGGAGCUGGGACCCAGAAACGGGCACCCUUACAACCAGCUGGCCCUCUUGGAGGCGGCCAGUGGCGAGAAGCUGUCGGCGGUGUUCUUCCACGUGCGCAGCCUCGCUUUGCAGCACCCCUUUCCCGCUGCCGCCACCAACCUGUCCAAGCUCUACUCCAAGAUGGUCUCCGACAGUUCUGCUUCCAUUGGCAAGACCAAAAUGAGCCCUUACGAAUACACAACAGCCUUCCUGCAGUUCCAUGCACACAUCUAUCUUGUCGCAGACCUGAAGAGGGCAGAGGGUCUGCUGGGCUCCCUGACGGCGUGCCUGCCGGCGCUGGUGAUUGCCGAGAAGCUGGACACCUGGCAGCUGCUGCAGAUGGUGGCCGUGUCCAUGUUCGGCCACCAGCACUGCGCCCGGCACCACCGGGGGUCACCGAGGACGUUGCCCGAGUCCGGGGAGGCCGCGGCCGACGGCCGGCCGGAGGAGGGACCCGCCGCCUUGCCGCGGGAGCGUGCCAGGGCCCUGCAGCUGCUGCUGGACUUUGUUGCGAGUAUGCUGCACGCCUUCUUGCUGCCCAUGCACGCGCUUCAGGACCCCAGGGACAUGCGGGACUGCUGCAGCGUUCCCGUGGUGAAGUUGAUCCUCGACUGGCUCUUGCACAAGCAAGACCUGCUGCAUGGCGAGGCUUUUGUUCGCAAACCACAGAUCUGGCACGGCUUCUGCAAGCUGCUCAACGCCUUAGUCACUGUCCUUCCCGCCGACCUUGCAAAAGAGAAGUUCAUGAAAGUCCCCCUGCCCGAGGACUGGGACCUGCAGUGCUUCCUUCCUCUUCAAGAAGCCCACAGGAAACUGCACUUUGACAACGGCAGCCCCAUCCUUAGCAAGGCGGACACGAGCGACCUGAGGGCCAGCCGGCUGCUCGACCUUGCCGAGAUGCUCGGCCGGGUCAUCAUGACGGGCAAAAGCCUGAUCACAGUUUCGUCGGACGAGCCCCCCAAAUACACUGCCAGUCACUACACGGAGGCCAUGUCGAACCAGGUGAUGCAGCAGAUACAGGAACUGGCCAUCGACCCCGAGGCGGACCCCAGGAAGCAAGGUGUGUCGUCUCUGGCGUCUCCGUGCGAAAAGGGCCCUGGCUCGGACGGCGGGCCCGUGCCGGAGGUGCGCUUUAAGCUGGAGGCGGAAGGGCAGCUGGGCAAGGUCAACGACGCCGGCAAGCGCAAGGACCGGCGACCCACGCGCAAUGCCGCCAUGCAGGCCAUUUUCCAACAAAGGGAGCAGAGAGGCACACCAGUUGUCAUGGACAAUCACGGUGCCAGGAGGCCAACGACCAACGAAAUGCUCCUUCCCACCCAAAACAACCACCACAUGGAUGACAAGCCUGAGCACAUGCGCUGGCAUCAGCAACCUCAGUCUUUUCAACAUGCAGUGGGAAACGGUGGCAUUGGCAGUGGCAGGGUGAACAUGCCCUACCUGCCAACCAACGGGAGGCCUCCCCAGCCACUGGGCGGGCCCACUCCGCCUCUCACCUUCGACCCGGGCGUGGCGCAGAUUCCUCCGCCCCAGCAGCCUCCGCAUCUCGGGGUGGGUGCCGGGGGUGGUGGGGUGCAGCAGACGCCCCCCUUCCUGACUGGCACGGCAGUGCCUGGCACUGGCCCGGGCCCCUCGUACCUGUGGAACUAUUUUGUGCCGGGCGGCCAGCUGGCCCAGCCGGCGGCCCCGCAGCAGUCGCCCAUGGUGCCCAGGAUGCCGCCCACCCACGGCCCGCCCCCGUUCAUGUACCUGGGGGCCAACGGACCCCACCAGGCGGCCGCUCCCACGAUGGCCCACCUGGAGACCCUGCUGAGGCAGCAGCAGCAGAGCGUGGCCGAGGCUGAGGCCAAGCUGGCCGGGGAGCACUUCCAGCAGCACCAGCAACAGCACCCAGCCGUGGCCGGCGGCGGCAGUCAGCCCCCCUGGGUGCCUCCGCACCUCAUAGAGGUGAACGGCUGCCAGAUGAUGCCGUCUGGCACGGCACAGCAGCCUUCAGCAUCCGACCUCUCGGCCAACACAUACUCGCUGUUCAACUCUCCGUGGCCCUCUGGUCUGCAGCACAUGGCCAAAGACGGAGGAAGAUCAGCAGCUGGGGCCAUUGACCCCAUGGUGAUGCAUUCCAGAAUCCAGUCGCUGUGGUCCGGGCCGGGUCCGUCCCCGUUGGAGCGCCUGCUGGAGCAACAGAAGCAGUGGCGGGACGGGGCCACGCAGUGAAGAACCCACGCAGGCUGGACGACCAGUGAGAAGACGACCGAAGCAUUGACGCCUUCCCGACCCGACGCCUUGUGCUGAAGGGGACCCAUGGAGGGAGCGGAGAGGUCUGCGCACGGACGGCCCAGGGAACCCAAAACCCCUCCCCCCACUGGGAAGCAAGGACGAUCGGACGAAUGUAGUUCCCACUUUGGAGAGGCCGCCCCCCCUUCCGGUUACUCUCGGAGACGGGCGACGGUGCCCGUACCCGGAGCGACGAACACCUCCCCGGAGUCGGAGGUAGUGGCGCCCCCGAGAACACCCGCCUGCGGAUCGCGGAGGCCCUCCGUCGACGCGAUUCUCGGUUUCUGUGCGCACGGCUUUUUGUUUCGUUUCUUUCUAAGAUUGUGCCCGUCGUGGUAGGACGUCGCGGAAGUCUGGGAAAAAGAACGCCGGUAGCCAGAAAAGAGUUCUCUGUUUCUUUUGUCAGCCGCUCGUUUGCGGAGCGUCGAUUUUGGGAAGGUGCGAAGACUGCGCGCCCGUCGCCUCGCUCCGAGCAAACAAAGAUUGCUCGAACGAUGGCAUCUCAAAUCGGUGGGUCUAUAUAUAGGUUUUUUUAUGGCUCUCACUUCAUUUUCGUUGUAGAUUCAAACAAGAUUCUAUUUUAUCUGUAGCCGGUUCCUAAUUUUUUUUUUUAGAAACAGGGUACUGCCACGAAGAUUUCUGGUAGCUUCCAAGUUUGACUUCUGUUAUUUAUGUACCAUUCGCCUUUUGCGUCGCGGUCGCCGAUUGCAAUGCCACGGGCAGUUUUUGUUCCCGCACAAGUCUGCCGCCGUAGUAGUACAAAUCGAGCCGGAAGCGUUUACCGUAUCAAGAGCCCCCGAGGACGGCCCACCUGCCACCCGAGGCGCAUUAAUAGGAGCGCAUCCUUCCUUUCGUUCGAGGAGUUGUCGCUUCGCGUGUGAUUGCUUGUCAGCUUCCCCGGGACGGUUUUGAGGUUGGACACAUUUGUCUCGAGUUCCGACGCUAGAGCGCUAGAACGGGUCUAGCGGGUUCCGGCAGAAACGCAUUUUUGUUUUCUUUCGUCAUCAGCACAGUGUUACCUACGAGCGCACAUGGUACGCACAUCGCAUAUGCCAAACAAAUCAACCAACCUUUCUUUUUUUUCGUUGUGCCAUAUCUCGCAGCACUUGUUACAUUUUCCGACUGUGGAAGCUGCUCCCCAGUUUGGAGAGAGAGCCCACCGCCCGUUGCAGCUCUCUCGGCGUGUUUGUGCUUAGCUUCUCUCAGCGACUGAGCUGAUUUGUAAGCCCCCGUUUUUUCUGGUCAGCAGAGAGGUCUCUCGAGUGUUUCGAAUCUGCCGCUCGGCCGAGCCGACUUGGGACGGCGAGACGAUCGCCAGAGUCUGUUUGGAGAACGUGUUAAGCGAUCUGGUAGGUUCUAGGGGGAUCCCGAUCAAACCCGAACAGGGUUUGACGUCGACCUCCCGCGCACCAACGCGCACGCACGAGCCUGCGUUAGCUACCUGCAGAGUUGUUCCCGACAGGUGGGUUGGGUACGUUUGGUUUGAGCCACAUUAUUUUCCUGUACACCUUGCGGGGCAAGGAGACGUAAUUGGUGCCAGUUGCCACAGCAGUGAUACUUACGUUAAAUCGAGAUGGUGUCUACUAUUUUUAUUUUCUCACCAUCUUCCGUUCUGGCCCUAGGAUGUUUCACGUCCAGCCACUGGCAUCUCGUGCACUCCAGGAAUUUAAGAAAAAAAAAAGUAUCUCAUGGUAGGCAUUAAUAUGUUCCAAGCUUCCUGCAUUUGCAGUGUUUCCUCGAAGGGAAUUCUCCUUUUUUAUGUGUGUGUGUGUAUAGGCACUGGUGCCAUGCCAUUAUCAUUUUUUAAUCCCGAUGUUGACAAACAUGAGGUUCAGUUACCUUGCCCUUUGCAGCACUUCAUAAUAAAACCUGGAAAUUUUUUAUA